CCAACGCGUCCCGCUACUGACUGCUGUGAUGAAUCAGUCCUUGAGCCUAUGGAAGCUUGACAGUCAACCAAACUCCAACGCUUUUUUUCAUUAAGGCGACAAAUAUUCAAUAAUGACUUGACUUUCUGCAACUCAAUAACGGGCCUUCCCUUAAGAAUGGAAAAUCUACAUGCGCCUACAAUUCCCUCCGGGCCAUCAUCUAGGCCUUCAGCCAAUGGCAAUGCAGCGCAUCUCUCCUUCGCCGAGCUUUCGCUCAAGAAGGACAAUGUCGAGGCUGAACUCAAGGCUCUGGGUGGUGUGUUGAACUCACAUGGAGUCAACAUGGAAACGCCCCUCACGACGUCGGACGGAUUUCCUCGUGCAGACAUAGAUGUAGCACAAAUUCGCACCACCAGAUCCAAGAUCAUUCAUUUGCGAAAUGAUUACAAGGACCUGAUGAAUGCUAUUGAGAAACAACUCCAUGAACACUUCGCCAGCCUCCACGAUACCGAUGAUGUGGCACCUGCGCCAAGUGCUGGUGCAGGAAUGAUGGGUGACUCCAUCCCACAAAUGCGAGACGAGGCUUUUGCGAAAGUGAACACGGUGGCUGCAAGCAGCCCAGCGGAUGAUGCUGGUCUGAAGCCUGGCGACGAGAUCCGAAACUUCGGAUACGUGAACAAAGCCAAUCACGAUGGUCUGAAAAAGGUGGCAGAAUGUGUUCAGGGCAACUUGGGACAAAUCAUUCUCGUAAAAAUAUCACGUCGAACCGAUGCCGGACGACAAGAGCUUCAGCUCAAUCUGACACCACGACAAGACUGGGGUGGUAGAGGGACGCUGGGCUGCCACAUAUUGCCGCUGUAGAUAUCUAGGGAGGUACAUUAGUCCGGUUGACGAGGCCCCAUCAUUUCUUUAGGAAUGAGCUCUUUGCUAGCAAGAGGGCUGCUCCAUCGCCAGCAAAAUACUAGCAUGGCGCACAUAUGUAAGGACCUAAAAAAGACGUGUUGAAGUAAGCCAGGCCAACCCUAGGGCUCCUUAGGCUGUGGUGAAUUAGCAGUCAGGUAUUAUCGCCACCUAAUGGCUGAGAGCCCGAUAGUACUCAGGCAUCCAGUCUGCAAGCAAAUGUCUCCCUGCCUAAAGCUGUCUUGUAGGUAAACACAGACGUGAAUGGAUUAAUAAGAAAGAGGGGCGUCAAGGUUGUAGUUUCAGGCCAUCCUAGAUAGAUGCCAGCAGUGAAAAGUAUUAAAGAACCUCACAUUGACUUCAGAACUCGAUUCACUCUCAGUCACUUGCG